AUGAUUGAUAAAGAUUUUAUGUUAGAUUUAGAAGAUGAAAAGGAGUAGUAAAUAGUAGAAGCAAAAAAGUAAGUAGAGGAUGAUCCUUCUUGUUCAUUACUAAAAGAUAGCAAAUUUCUUUAGCAUUAUCAAAGGGUUUUAGAAGUAUCUGAUUAUCAAAUUUAAGAUGAAACAUAUUAAGAUCAAAUGAAUAAAGUAAAAUAAUAGAUUAGGAGUAUAGAUUAUGAAUAAAAUAAGGAUUUAUUAUUUAUAAAAAAUUAAAGGAUGUUUACCGUAAGAAAUUUCCUGAAUUACUAAAAAUAAUAAUAAAUUAAUAGAGUAUGUUAAGAUAGUUUAAUUAAUUCGAAAUGCUAUAGACUCUAUAGAUCUCUAGACAAUAGAUUUUACACAACUUUUGACUGGGUAGCAGUGAAUUUAGCAGCAAAGUAAUCAUUAAUAGAAUAGCUUUCUGAGUAAGAUAUAUUAUUGGAAGAUUAAUUGUAUAAUAAAAUAGAAACUUUAGAUAGUUACAAUUAGAAAAGUAAAUAAAAAAUGAAAUGAUUAGUAAUAAUCUAUAUUGAAUCAAGAAUGAAAUAUAUAGCUCCAAAUGUAUCAGCUUUAAUUGGAAUAAUGAAUAGAAAAUAAUGAUAAUUUUGACACAGUUGGCUUCAAAAUUAAUGGCAGCAGCAGGAAUAGAAAAACUUGCAAAUAUGCCAGCAGGUAAUAUUUAGAUUAUUGGAAGUGUAAAGAAAAAUAUGUUAGGAAUGAGUAGAGCAAUGCAUAAUAGAAAUACUGGAUAUUUUAGAACUUUAGAGAUUGUUUAAAAAGC